AUGUCCUCAUCAAUAUUGACCAAACACAGCUGCUCAGCUCCAAGACGAACGUCGCCAACCGCACUUCGACCUCUAUCCGCCCAACUAGGCACACUAGCAAGAGCCGACGCAAGCGCAUCCUUCUCCUUUGGCCCCCUCAACGUCGUCGCUUCCGUCUCCGGUCCGACGGAAGUACGCAUUCGCGACGAGCUCACCGAUCGAGCCACGCUUGAUGUCAUCUUUCAGCCUCAACACGGCGUGGCAGGGAUCGCAAGCCAGGCUGUAUCUGAUUCACUCUUCACCGCUUUCUCCUCUGUGCUCUUAUUGCAUCACUACCCACGAUCAUUGAUACAGGUCGUUCUGCAGACCUUAUCUUGCCCGACCUUACCACAAACUUCUGCACAGGUAGUGCACAGUGAUGUACAGGCGAGCCAAAGAGUUGUUGCGAGACAGCCGUUGUUGUUGGGACCGGACAAGCCACCAAGUGUCUCGGAACUGGCGGCACUGAUCAAUGCAGCUUCGUUGGCGUUGUUAGAUGCAGGCAUUCCGGCAAGGGGGAGUGUGGCUGCUUGCGCCUGUGCUAUCCUUCCAGCAGCACGGGGGACGGUGUUGAGACAGAACAGCCAUCUCAGCGAGAUCGGAGAGGCACAGUUGGCGGGUCUUUUGCGCCAGUAUAAGCAAGAGAAUGGGGAGGCGGAGGAUGAGCCGAGCAGGUCUCGUACACGUUAUACUGGAGACACUGUUGUUCUUCUCGACCCGACCCCAGUGGAACUGGACUAUGCGCUCAGCACACAUGUGUUUGCUUUCUCCUUCUCACAAGCGCUGGACGAUAGAGACAAAAAGGCAGCACCGACACAGGUUUCGGAGCAGAUCCUCGCCCAGUCAGAAGGUGCAGUAGAUCUGCAAGAUCUGGAAAGAGCACGCCAGUUGGCUUUCAAAGCAUGCUCUGCUGUCGUUGGCUUUAUGCGAACGGCGCUACACAAGCGUGUUGUUGCUCAGAUCGCUUGA